AAACUCCAAAAUUUUCAAAUUUCACUCCCUUAUUUUCCUUCUAUUUUCUCAAAACCAGAUUUUUUUUUUUCUCUUUAAAAUUCUGCAAUUUUUUUAACGAUGAAAUUUAUGCAAAUGGUGCAAUUUUAUGCUCAGAUUUUUUAACUUUUAAUUUAAAUUUUAGUUUAAAGUUUUUCAUCUGUUUUUAUUUUUGGAAAAAAUAUUUACCAGUUUAGCAGUGAAGUUUGAAGAAAAUAAUGAGAUAUUGAAGUUAAUAACUGUUUGAAAACAUGGAGGCUAGCGGCGGUGUUAGUGGUGGCGUUACGGUGGCGGGAUCGGAUGCUCCGUCGGAGUAUCAUGUAGCACCGAGAACCGACAACCAAACUCCGACCGGUGGAUCGGCAGUUCAGUUUACUACAGCGGUCCAAGGAAAUUCUCAGCCGCAAAAUCCGCCGCAAACGGCGGUGGUGGCGGUGACGGUGUCGCCGGCGGAUACGACGGUUCCUGAGAAAAAGAAGAGAGGCCGGCCGAGGAAGUAUGCAGCAGACGGUUCGGUGAGGAUGGCGCUGUCUCCGAAGCCGAUAUCCUCCUCUGCUCCGUUGCCGCCGGUGAUCGAUUUCACGGCGGAGAAGCGUGCGAAAGUGCGGCCAGUUAGUUCGGUGAGCAAAGCGAAGUUCGAGUUGGAAAAUAUAGGUGAAUGGGUUCCUAGCUCAGCUGGUUCAAAUUUCACACCUCACAUCAUUACUGUUAAUACUGGAGAGGAUGUUACUAUGAAGGUGAUAUCAUUUUCUCAGCAAGGGCCUCGAGCUUUAUGCGUUCUUUCAGCAAAUGGUGUUAUAAAAAGUGUCACACUUCGUCAGCCCGAUGCUUCUGGGGGCACAUUGACAUAUGAGGGACUGUUUGAAAUUCUUUCUUUAUCUGGUUCUUUCAUGCCAAACGAUAGCGGAGGAACACGGAGCAGAUCAGGUGGUAUGAGUGUUUCUUUAUCAAGUCCUGAUGGCCGUGUUGUUGGUGGAGGAGUAGCUGGUCUAUUGGUGGCUGCAAGUCCAGUGCAGGUAGUGGUUGGUAGUUUUAUGGCAGAAAACCAACAUGAGCAAAAGGCAAGAAAUCAGAAACAUGAUGUGAUAUCAACUGUGACAACGGCUGCUGUUGUUCCCAUCCCUACUCUUGAUCCAAUACCUAUUCUAUCAUCAGUAACUUCCUUCCGUGGAGAUAAUUGGUCUGCUGUGCAAGCACCGGAAGCGAAGGAAAAACCUGUUUCUGACAUUAAUGUAGCACUUCCUGGCGGUUGAUUUCUUAAGGAAUCCCUUAUACAUAUGCAUUUGUAUUUAGCUGCUUACAACACUAAUGGGGUUCCUAAUUAUUGUCUCGCUUUUCCUUGUUUGUUUGUUGUGUUAAGGUUAUUGAACUCUGGAUGUACCAGGACCAGCAUAUGUUUUAUCUCACUUUCUUUUUCAUUUUC